AGUUGGGCUGUAGCGCAGCAGGUUAAGUGCAGGUGGCACAAAGUGCAAGGACCGGCGUAAGGAUCCCUGUUCAAGCCCUGGGUUCCCCACCUGCAGGGGAGUCGCUUCACAAGCAGUGAAGCAGGUCUGCAGGUGUCUAUCUUUCUCUCCCCCAUGUAUCUUCUCCUCUCUCCAUUUGUCUCUGUCCUAUCCAGCAACGACAUUAAUAACAACAGCAAUCAUAACUACAACAAUAAAACAAUAAGGGCAACAAAAGGGAAUAAAUAAAUAAAAUAUUAAAAAAAAAGAAAUAGCUCAUUGGGAUAGUACAGUGCUUUGCAAUGUGCACAAAACAGGUAUGAGCCUGGCUUCCACCACACUGAAGGAAACUUUGCAGUCAUGGUCUCUCUGUCUCUCUCUCUCUCUCCCUCUAUCUAAAACAAACAAAAAAAAAUAAAGAUUGAGGGGUUACAAUCAAGGUCAUUUCCCCAAAAUAAUUUCUUGAUUUGCCUUUGCAAAUAACCAAGAGAGGAUUAUCCAACUCAAUACUCAGAUGACGGCAUUACCCAGCAACUGCUCCACUUCUCCAGUCUCUGAAUUCUUCCUCAUCUGCUUCCCCAACUACCAGAGCUGGCAGCACUGGCUGUCCCUGCCCCUCAGCCUCCUCUUCCUCUUGGCCAUGGGGGCCAACGCCACCCUCCUCAUCACCAUCCGACUGGAGACCUCUCUGCACGAGCCCAUGUACUACCUGCUCAGCCUCCUCUCCCUGUUGGACAUCGUGCUCUGCCUCACUGUCAUCCCCAAGGUCCUGGCCAUCUUCUGGUUUGACCUCAGGUCCAUCAGCUUCUCUGCCUGCUUCCUCCAGAUGUUCAUCAUGAACAGCUUUCUCCCCAUGGAAUCCUGCACAUUCAUGGUCAUGGCCUAUGAUCGCUAUGUAGCCAUCUGCCACCCACUGAGAUACCCAUCCAUCAUGACCAGUCAGUUUGUGGUUAAGGCUAGUGUUUUCAUUGUUGCACGAAAUGCCCUUCUCACAGCACCCAUUCCUAUUCUUACUGCCCGCCUCCAGUACUGUGGGAAGAAUAUCAUUGAGAACUGUAUCUGUGCUAACCUGUCUGUAUCCAGGCUCUCCUGUGACAAUUUCACCCUUAACAGACUCUAUCAGUUUGUGGUUGGUUGGACCUUACUAGGCUCAGAUUUUGUUCUUAUCUUUGUUUCCUACACUUUCAUCCUGAGAGCUGUUCUUAGGUUCAAGGCGGAGGGGGCUGCAGUCAAGGCCCUGAGCACGUGUGGCUCUCACUUCAUCCUCAUCCUCUUCUUCAGCACCAUCCUGCUGGUUGUGGUGUUGACUAAUGUGGCCAGAAAGAGGGUCCCCAUGGACAUCCUGAUCCUGCUCAAUGUCCUUCAUCACCUCAUCCCCCCUGCUUUGAACCCAAUUGUAUAUGGUGUUCGGACUAAAGAGAUAAAACAAGGAAUUCAGAAAUUGCUUCACAGACAGAUAUGAAUGCUUAAGAUAGAUUUCU